AGUUAGUGAUUCCCCGAAAACAAGAUGGCGAUUUCUUUUCAUCAACGUUCCUAUAUAAAUUCUUAUCCAGCUCCGAAAAUUAUAUCAAACUCGAACUAACUGUAGAAGCAGCAGUAACAUUUGAAACAACAGUAAAAUGAAGUGCACUUUGGUACUGGCUCUCGUAGCCACAUGUUUGUCUUUAUCCCUUGCACAUCUUCCAAAAAGACAAGGACCACCAGUCUUGAUUAAUCGUCCACCACCACCUAAACCGCAUCGCUAUGCAAGAGAAGCCAAUCCUCAAGGAUCAGUCAGCGCUACAGUUCAGCAACCAUUGAGUGGUCCAGAUCGUCGUCCGACUUACAAUAUUGAUUACAACCACAAAAUUUGGGAGGGCAAAAAUGGACACGUUUCAGCCUCAGGCGGUGCUGCCAAAUUUCCGGGUCAGAGAUGGCAACCUCAAGUUGGAAUCCAAGGACAGUGGCGAUUCCGAAGAGAAGCAAAUCCUCAAGGAUCAGUCAGCGGUACAUAUCAACAACCAUUGAGUGGUCCAGAUCGUCGGCCAACUUACAAUAUUGAUUACAAUCACAACAUUUGGGAGGGUAAAAAUGGACAAGUUUCGGCAAGUGGUGGUGCUGUCAAAUUACCUGGGCAGAGAUGGGAACCCCAAGUUGGAAUUCGAGGACAGUGGCGAUUUCGAAGAGAAGCUAAUCCCCAAGGAUCAGUCAGCGGUACAUAUCAACAACCAUUGAGUGGUCCAGAUCGUCGGCCAACUUACAAUAUUGAUUACAACCACAAAAUUUGGGAGGGCAAAAAUGGACACGUUUCAGCCUCAGGCGGUGCUGCCAAAUUUCCGGGUCAGAGAUGGCAACCUCAAGUUGGAAUCCAAGGACAGUGGCGAUUCCGAAGAGAAGCAAAUCCUCAAGGAUCAGUCAGCGCUACAGUUCAGCAACCAUUGAGUGGUCCAGAUCGUCGGCCAACUUACAAUAUUGAUUACAAUCACAAAAUUUGGGAAGGUAAAAAUGGACAAGUUUCGGCAAGUGGUGGUGCUGUCAAAUUACCUGGGCAGAGAUGGGAUCCCCAAGUUGGAAUUCGAGGACAAUGGAGAUUUUAAUCAGAAAUAUGAUUCUGAAAAUAAUUCAGUAUUAAAGACUGUAUCCUUCAAAAAUUGUAUUUUUUAAAUUUGUAAAUAAAUUAUAAAUCAUUUAAUAAAUUAA